CUGUGUUCUGGUUCACUUACGCAGGGAUUUGGUUGCUUAAGACGUACUUUCUUAACUAAGGAGCAUAACAUAUGUGACUGUUUUUUUCUCCUUUCAGCUAUUCAGAGAACUUUAGAUCAUUCUGGGAAAGCUCCGCCCCGCUGAGCAAAAUCCCUUUUUGCAGCAUUCCCAGUUAUGCAGCAGCGGUCGCCUUUUCCAAUUUCCCCCUUUUCAAAACAAGCCCAUCAUUAAAGAUGGAGCUCUAUUUGUUUUCGCUGGUUGUAGGCCUUCUGCUGCUCGUGCCGCUGGUCCUGAGGACCCUUUUCCCGUACUUGUGGUUGGACAUCUCCUUCGUCGUGGACAUUUUGAGGAUUUUCGUCACUUUUGUCUCGAGGCGCAGAAGGAAACCCGUGUUUUUCGCUCUGGACCGCUUCUUGGAGCAGGUCGUGGCCGUGCCAGAAAAGCCCUUCGUGGUGUUCGGAGAUGAGAGCUUGACGUUCGCGCACGCGGACGAGCAGAGCAACAGGAUUGCGAACGCGCUGCGGGCGCACCCCGGGUACACGGCGGGGGACACCGUGGCGCUCUUCAUGGGGAACGAACCCGCGUUCGUCUCCACCUGGCUGGCUCUGGCGAAGCUGGGCUCUCCUGUUGCGCUCCUGAACUCCAACAUCCGCAGCAAAUCUCUGCUGCACUGCUUCAGCUGCUGCAAGGCUACGGUCCUGAUAGCAGCUCCAGAGCUGAGGAAUGCAGUUGAGGACGUGCUGUCCUCUCUGACAGAGCGGGGAACCACCAUCCUUCUGAUGAGCAAACACUGUGACACGCCUGGGAUCCAAGGCUUCUCUGCUCUAGUGGAAAACGCCUCCGACGCUCCGCUCCCUCGAUCCCUCAGAGCGCACAUCACCUACAAAAGCCCUGCUGUUUACAUCUACACAUCUGGAACCACCGGCCUCCCCAAGGCAGCCGUGCUCAACCAGAACCGCCUCUUAUCGGCUUUGGCUGUUUUAUCUUCAAACGGUAUAACAUCAAAAGACGUCUUCUACCUUAACCUGCCUUUGUACCACACUGCGGGGUUUAUUGUGGGCUUUAUCGGCUGCAUUGAAACAGGGUCGACUAUCAUUCUAAAGAAGAAGUUUUCUGCCUCUCAGUUUUGGGAUGAUUGCAGGAAAUACAACGUGACUGUUAUCCAGUACAUCGGAGAGGUGAUGCGCUACCUUUGUAGCACGCCAAAGCGAGAUAACGACAAAGAGCAUAAAGUGCGUCUGGCCAUCGGAAACGGCAUCAGAGCGGAGGUGUGGAGAGAGUUUCUCAAUCGCUUUGGGAACAUUCAGGUUCGAGAGUUUUAUGCCUCCACCGAGGGAAAUGUGGGAUUCGUUAACUAUGUGGGGAAAAUCGGAGCUGUUGGAAGAGUCAACUUUUUUUACCGGAAACUGUUUCCAUACACUCUUGUAAAGUACGACACAGAGCGAGAUGAACCCGUGCGAGAUGCUAACGGCCUUUGCAUUGAGGCGCUCAAAGGUGAAACUGGACUGCUCGUAUCAAAGAUAACAGACAUUGCUCCGUUUCUGGGCUACGUCCAAAACGAAGAGCAAAACGAGAGGAAAAGACUUCGGAACGUCCUGAAGAAAGGAGAUCUUUACUUUAACACAGGAGACUUGUUGAAGAUUGAUCACGACAACUUUAUUUAUUUCCAGGAUCGAGUUGGUGACACAUUCAGGUGGAAAGGUGAGAAUGUAGCAACAACGGAAGUGUCUGAUAUCCUGACCCUGAGUGGCCGUCUGCAGGAAGCCAACGUUUACGGAGUCCAGGUGCCAGGGCAUGAGGGGCGCAUAGGUAUGGCUGCGGUUACACUGAAGAAGGACGCAAAGUUCGAUGGGAGGAGGAUGUAUCAGCAUGUGGUCAGCUACCUGCCGUCAUAUGCACGACCUCGCUUCAUAAGGAUACAGGAUGCAUUGGAAGUAACUGGGACUUUUAAGCAGAUGAAAGUAAAGCUAAUGGACCAGGGCUUCGAUCCAGGAAGUAUCCAGGACCCUCUUUACAUCCUGGAUGAUCGCGCUGAGAGCUACGUGCUGCUGACUGAUGACAUUUACAAAUCUAUCAUGUCAGGGAACAUCAAACUGUAAACAGGUUCUCCAGCCGCUCAGACCUCUCAGUCUGAAAGUGUGUUGACUUUUGAAAUCAUCCUCUUCCAGCUCAGGGACACAACAACAAAAAUACAGACAUAGGGGUCAGCAGGUGAGUGUGGCGCCAUACAUCGGCAUUCAUGUCAGUAAAUGAAAUCCAGCUUAAAGGAAACGGUUUACUCCUCUAUCAUCACUUCCUGGAUGUAAAAGCAAGUGACCUUAUUUACUAGCAUGGUCGGUGCUUAGAGCGCCAACAUCAGUUUGUUACUGGUAACGACAGUGUAACUGUUUGGGGUUUUGCAUCCCACUAAAGCAAAGGUGCCUGUAUGGAUACAUUUUAUAAUUAAUAGGACAUUCACAUUCACAGUUUUUUUUUUUUUUAGAACAGAGGUAAAGCUUUUAUCACUUUGUCUCACAUACUGCUCAGUUGCAGUUCAGAAAUGUUUAAUUUCUUGCAUAUGAUGCAUUUUAAAGAAAAAAAACUAUUA